AUGGCUCUGGCUGUGCUCUUGGCAGCGCUCCUGGGACUUGUUGUUAUUGUCAAGUGGUUUUUGUUUCAGCCGAGAAACCCGAGCUCCCCUCCUUGCAUCGGGAGCUGGAUCCCGUGGGUCGGAGCCGCGUUCCAGUUUGGGAAAGCUCCCCUGGAGUUUAUAGAGCAAGCCAGAAGCAAGCACGGGCCUGUAUUCACGGUAUUCGCUCUGGGAAAACGAUUUACUUUUGUGACUGAGGAAGAAGGAGCUGAAGCCUUUUUUAAAUCUAAAGACUUAAAUUUCGAACAGGCAGUACAACAAGCUGUUGAGAAUGCAGUUUCUGUUCCUGCAGAAGCCUUUUAUCAGAAUCACGGUACCCUGUACAGCUUGAUGAAGGGAAAAAUGGGUCCUUCUAAUCUGCAAAAGUUCACGGGCACCUUGUGUAGGGAACUGCAUGAGCACAUGGGACACCUGGGCACCAAGGGCGCAGGCGACCUGAAUGACCUGGUGAGGCACGUCAUGUAUCCAGCAGUGGUGAACACUUUGUUUGGGAAAGGCGUCUGCCCGACAAGUCAGAGCGAACUCAAGGAGUUUGAAGAACAUUUUCAGAAGUACGAUGAGGACUUUGAAUACGCCUCUCAGAUGCCAGAGUGCUUCCUGAGGAACUGGUCUAAAUCCAAAAAAUGGCUUCUAAAAUUAUUUGAGAAAGUAGUGUCAGAUGCUGAAAGGACCAACCCUUCAGAGACCACAUCCAAGACUCUACUGCAGCAUCUCCUGGAUAAUUUACAAGGAAAACAUCUGGCUCCCAAUUACGGUCUCCUAAUGCUCUGGGCUUCCCAAGCAAAUGCUGUCCCUAUCGCAUUUUGGACCCUCGUUUUCAUACUGUCUUAUCCUUCCAUUUACAAGAAAAUCAUGGAAGACCUGACUUCUGUUUUUGGCAAAGCAGGUAAAGAUAAAAUAGAAGUCUCUGAAGAAGACCUUAAGAACCUCCCUUUUAUUAAAUGGUGCGCUUUGGAAGCCAUACGGCUGAGGUCUCCAGGUGCAAUCACCAAGAAAGUCGUAAACCCAAUAAGAAUUCAGAAUUUCACCGUCCCUGCAGGUGAUAUGUUGAUGCUGUCUCCGUAUUGGCUGCACAGGAAUCCAAAAUACUUUCCUGACCCAGAAAUGUUCAAACCUGAUCGUUGGAAAGAGGCAAAUUUAGAGAAGAAUGCUUUCUUGGACAGCUUUGUGGCAUUUGGAGGAGGGAAGCAUCAGUGUCCAGGAAGGUGGUUUGCUAUCAUGGAAAUCCAGUUGUUUGUUGUGCUGUUCCUAUACAAAUAUGAAUUUGCGCUUUUGGAUGCGGUACCAAAGGAGAGCCCUUUACAUUUGGUGGGGACACAGCAACCCCUGGCACCAUUCCGGGUCCAGUAUAAAUGCCGGGCAUGAAAGCAGCCCAGUACAAACUCACCUCGCUUUGCCAGCCCCGGCUGGAUGAACGCACCGCUGAGCUGAUUCUGUACCCUACGUGUUCAGAUAGGUUCUCUGCCAUAAAAGUUCUCAAUUUCAACUUGGAAUGCUGUACAUACUCUGUGUAUGCCAUGACAGUACAGUCAUAUCUGGGCUCUUCUUCCUGAUUGCCUACCUCCUAGUAUUUAAAAAUUAAGCUCUCUGCUGCAUUCAGAAUUUGUGGGCCAAAUCAUGUGCAUACUUUGCUAGUCUAACUGAUACGCUAAACUUACCCAGCAAACAUGCAGGACAAAAAGCUGCUACAUUUGGAAAUCCAGCAUGGAAGUUUUGUUAGAACCGGGAGAAAAAGAGGUCCCUUAUGCCAGGUCACUGCUUCCUGCGGGUUUCUUCAAGCCAAGGUGAAGGUGGUGCCUCAGGCUAAGAAAUCAGUGGUAACUCUCUGUGGUUCCCUGGCUUUGCUGUGCACAAAAGCCAGGAAGGUGCUGAGCAGAGACCUCUGGAUCAGAUCCUUGGCCACCAUAAAGUAGCAUCACUUAUGUCCUGUUGCUUGUGUAGGUCAUGGAGGAUCUGGCCUACCCCGCCUAUAACUGGGGCCAACGUAUUGCAAAUAAAGUGCAAUGGUAACAGAACAAUUGCAAGUGUGAGAAGUAACUGGGGUGUUGUUCCACUGGAGCACCUAACAUUUCACUGAGC